AUGUCGGCCGGUAACUACGGGCUGUUUCGCCGCUGCGCACAGCGCUUAUCUGCGCACAAUGUAACCUUUUCUGUAUUCCGUUACGCGCCUGAGAGCGCGCAGCGUCCCCGUAUGCAAUCCUACAACAUAGAUACAUCUUCGUGUGGUCCAAUGGUAUUGGAUGCACUUAUUAAGAUCAAGAACGAACAGGAUAGCACGCUGUCGUUUAGAAGGAGUUGCCGAGAAGGGAUCUGCGGUAGUUGCGCUAUGAAUGUUAACGGGGAGAACUGCUUGGCUUGUUUACGUUCUAUCGAAUCGUGUACAAGUAAAGGCGGUUCUAUUGAAAUACAGCCACUCCCCGGCCUUUACGUAUUGAGGGACCUUGUAGCAGACAUGACCAACUUCUACGAGCAGUACAGAACAGUACAGCCAUGGCUUAAACGCAAGACACCCAAGGUCGGUGAUGCUGAGUUCCUACAAUCUAAAGCUGAUCGUGCACGUCUUGAUGGGAUGUAUGAGUGUAUUUUGUGCGCCUGCUGCUCAACGUCAUGCCCAUCGUAUUGGUGGAACCCAGAACACUACAUCGGCCCUGCCGCUCUGAUGCAAGCGUUCCGUUGGAUAGAGGACAGCCGUGACGAAUACACAGUAGAACGUAUGGUGGACGUUAACGAUACCAUGAAGCUGUACCGUUGUCACGGUAUCCUGAACUGCAGCAAGGUCUGUCCCAAGGGGUUAGACCCGGCUGGUGCCAUUAAAAAACUGAAAGCCAAAGUCGAAGCUUCAGCUGAUGAUAGUUGGCCUUCAAUUGCUGCUUCAGAGUAUGAGAAACACAACGCAAAGCUACUGGCCAGCGGUGACGCAUAA